AUGAAAACUCAUCAGCUUACUUCCGAAGAAACAGAUAUAAUUAAUACAAUAUUAGAUGCUGCUGAGCGUGAUAUCGAUUACAAUAUUGACCAGCAUCAUCCUCUUUCAGUUUUGGAUGAGCAAUGCCGCGAAAUUUGGCCAACAUGGAGUAUUUCACAAAAAAUGAAUUCAUCCAGAUUUUCACAACCACAAACUGUUUCUCCAUCAAGGAAAUCUAGUUAUUCAAAUGAAAAUUAUUCAAUCCGCAAUCAAGAAUCCAACAUGACACCUUCGAAGAUGACUGUUGACAAUAUUGAAAUCCCUAGCGGAUCUCCUAUCACAAAAAUUUCAUCUCCUAAAACACCCGUUUCAUCUCAUACAAAUCAGAGCUCACGCUCUCCUACAUCUACAACCAGUACAAAUAAAAUAUCGAGUAAUUUAGAAUUAGAAGAUAUGAAGAAAGACAUUGACGCACUAUAUUUCAGAAUUCAUUCACCUGCACAAUUAGCAACAGCAGUAAAUCAAGAACAAAACUCUCCAAGCAGAAGUAAUUCAUAUAGAAGUAACUCUAAUACAGUAACCCCACAAAGAGAUACAACCCCAAGAACUGAAAGAAAUAUAAGUUCUUCUCCUUCUAACUCUGAAGUUAUGAGACUUCAGGCAGAGAACAAUGCUUUACGCACAGAGAUAGAUAAUUUGAAGGCACUCCUCAAGUCUAAAGACGAUCAAAUCUUAAGUCUGCAAGCUCAGAUAAGAAGAUCGCCGUUUCAUUAG